UUUAAACGUCAGUGACAAACGGACCUCCAUGCGAUAAAACUUUUAUUUAGUAUUUAUAUGGUAUUAAAAGUGCUAUUGUUAUGUCUCUAAGUAGGAAGUGCGUUUGUUUUGUGCUCAUUUGCCUUUGUACUUUUGUUACAGCGCAACCAAGCAACAGCUUUACUGCUGUGGAGCUGACACAGGAAUGGCGUCCAGAGGUUGGAUGGGUGGUCACCUGCAGCUGGAAUCUCGCCCCCAACGACCGCCUGCAGUCAGUGUUCCUUCACAGGGACAACAGACAGUUCGCGUAUUUUAGACCUGCCCCAAAGUUCAACGGACCCAGUCUUCGCCACACGUACUCGACCCUCGACGAUGACAUGCAACUAACUUGCGAAGAGGCUUCAGCCAGGUGCGUCCUGACAAUAGAACCUGUACAGCCUCCGAAGGCAGACAUCAGCAUCACUUGUGAAGUGUCGGGAGAAGGGCCUAUGUUUAGAGUUGGGAACAAGAGCUUGGUUAUAGAGACUGUUGUUUUACCCAGCGACGCAGUCAUAGAGGUCUCAAAACCAAACGAGGAUUCGAACCCGGUCCUUAACUGUUCAUCUACCGGUGUACCUUCCCCUAGGAUCGAGUGGACAGUUGGUGACGAAGGGACUAAGAUUGCCAGUUUCCACAAUUCCCGCACAUGGAACGUCACGUCGAAGCUGUGGUAUUCCUGGUCGACCUUCAUGCCGGCAUCAGACCAGCUCCCAGUCACAUGCACUCCGAAGGUGGCGAGAGGAAUCAAGCUGUACGCUGGCCAACCCGCCCAUUACAAUGCGGGUAGUCGGAUAAAAUUUACAGGAAUGUUACAAGCCACAUCCAUCAUCUUCGUUAUAUCUCUAUCAUUCAUCAGUUGAUCAUGAUAAGACUGAGGACAGUUACUUAAAUGAAACGAGACAUUCUUCAAGUUGUUUUUUUUUUAUUGGGCAGAAAUCGUUGUGAACGACCGUUGAGAAUUAAAGUCACACUAUUAUAUUUAAACUGGGUCGAGUCGUGAGUACAAAUUAGUUAAUUUAUCCAAAUAUCUGAAAUAUUGUUAUGCAUUAUGACUAGACACAAUAAUUAUAGUUUUAUACAUAACUAAGACUAAUAAGUGUAAAAAAAUUGAGUCAAAAUUGGAGAAAACAAAUAAUAUUGACUUUUAAAACUGCGAGAAUUUUUUUAAAAAUAAUAGUGUAACUAUAGAUGAAUUUAUACAAUUUAUUUGGCUUGUUAUUUUUUUAAGAUUUAUCGUUUUAAACAUUUUAUAUUA